GCUAACCAGCUGCUCAGAGGCUAACAGGCUGCUAACCAGCUGCUCAGAGGCUAACAGGCUGCUAACCAGCUGCUCAGAGGCUAACAGGCUGCUAACCAGCUGCUCAGAGGCUAACAGGCUGCUAACCAGCUGCUCAGAGGCUAACAGGCUGCUAAUAAACUACACUAAGGCUAACCCAGGCUGCUAACCAGCUGCUAACAGGCUAACAUGUAGUCCAGCAGGGAAUGUUCUUCCCUGGAAAAUGGACAAAGUCCUGUAGCAUGUGGUUCCAGACCAGACUGAGAUGAAAGGACAGACACACACACACACACACACACACACACACACACACACACACACACACACACACACACACACAGGCGGCUGUGUCAUUUUUUGUAAUUAUAAAGACAGAUCCAUCCACAGUUUUCUGACGUGGAAACUCCAAAACUGGAAAAAGCUCAAACAGCUUUAUGAAGCGGCCAGUUCCCCCAAAGUAUGGAGGAUGAUGAACUUCCGCCAGCGGAUGGGCUGGGUGGCCGUGGCGUCGUACCUGCUGCUGAGCGUCAUGGCGGCGUACUACGUGUUUGAGGUCCACAGCCUGAGCCUGGAGCUGGUGCAGCGGGCCGCGCCCGGGCCCGGGCCGUCCGCCCGGCCGCCGCCGCCGCUGCCCGGCUGGGCGUGGGCGUGGCUCUUCCUCCUGCCGUACCUGCAGCUCUUCCUGGUGCUGUUCUCGUGCACGCGCGCCGACCCGCACGCCGUGGGCUACUGCGUCCUGCCCGUCUGCCUCGCCCUGCUCCUCAGCCGGCGCCACGCCGCCAAGCCCGCCGGCCGCCGCCCGGGCCUGCUCAUUGACACUUAGGCGGGGUGCUGGUGACCUUUACCGGCCGGCCCCUGAUUGGCCGACGUCUGUGGAGGAGAACCGGCGGCGCCGCGGCUGCGAGCCAAUCAGACACUGACAACGCCGUGGUUACCAUGACAACUUUAAUACAGUAAUGAACACAGCCGUCCUCAGCUCCGGGGUCUUUUAGCCGCCGGCUGGAGGUCAGAGGUCAGGGCGGGGCCUUCCUCCUCUUCCUCCUCUUCAUCACCGUCCUCUUCCUCUCCUGAAGCACAGAAACCAUCAGUUCAGCAGGUCUGACUCCACACCGUCACCGAGGAGAACCGCAGGUCCCGAGGGUUCUGCCGGGUUCUCCCGGGUUCUCCCGGGUUCUCCCGGGUUCUGGAGGUGCUGACGCAGCAGUGCUCCUACAGAGAUCUCUGAACUUCUCUGGGCGUUCGGGUUCCGGGGAGGCUCUGACUGUUCGCCAGGUUCAGAGAGAACGUGUUGAGGAACGUUCUCCAGACGUUCCCAUCAGGAUGAAUAAAGUUCUCUGAGUUCACGACACCCCGACUCGUCUGUGCUUCUAAUGUAACCGCCACACUGAGCCGGGCGCCGCAAUCCGUGUAUCAUUCGUUCAUUUGAUAUUCAAUUUAGAAUCAAAAAACAAAAUAUUGAAAAAUGAGUCGUUUU